GUUUUACCGACCGUUUCCCCCACCCCCCUCCCUCCAGUGUGCAGCAAGUACCUGAGUCGAUACCCUGCUGACGAGGACCUGCUGUGGGUGGUGGAGGGGGUCGGGGGGCCCUACCAGAGAGAGAGCGUGGCUGGCAAGCUGAGGAACCUCAGACUGAAAGUCUCACAGCCCCUGGCUACAGCCAAUGGAGACCAUGGUUUAACGCCGCUGACAGGAGACCUGGACAGCCAGAAGAUGGAAGACGGAGACACAAACCUCAGCUGUCUGGACAUCACUGAGGAUAUCAUAGUGGUGAAUAAGCAUCUCAAGCUUGUUGAAGACUUGGAGGAGACCCCGGUGUCGACUCGUACGAGGAGCAGCGGGGGGAAGAAACGUGACAGAGAUCAGACGGAGGACCUGGAGGAGAGCCAUCAGCCCAAGAUGAGCAGGUUGGAGGACGAGGAAGGUGACACAGAGGCCACUGCCAUGGCAACAGAGGGGGACGGACAGGGGGAGGAGAAGGAGUGCCCAGGUCCUGUGGAGGCAGAAGGCCCUGCGGCCCCAGAGAAGCAAGAGGCCCCCGCCCUGGGGCGCCCAGCCCUGGGGGUGGAGGAGGUGAAUAGAGAGCUGACGGAUGACCUGAUGGAGGAGCAGGAGGAGGAGCAGGAGGAGCAGGAGGAGGAGGAGGAGGAGGAGGGGAAGAAGGGAGUGGAACAGGAAGAUAAUCGGCAGCCUGAGAGUGCUUUGGAGAACGGCGCGGCAGAAGAGGAUGUGGAGAUGGAGGGGGGGAAGGAGGAAGAGGAGGAAGUGCCCAAGGAUAUGGACACUGUUGAUGCAGCCCCAGUGGAGUCACCGACAGCAGAGGCAGAAUCACCCCCCUUGUCAGAAGAAGAACCAAUCGAGGCUCCCUUGACAGCUCCCCCUGCCCCAGAAGGGGCUUCUCUACCUGGGGAGGGUCCUGAGGAAUCCGGGGAGGAACCUCCAGCCUCUCAGGAGCCAGCGACGCCCCAGGAGGCUCCUGCCAUGGAGGAGGAAAAGGAGGACAGCGGCCCAGCCGACUCUAGCGGGGAGGCAGUGCUCCUCGUCGGGGUAGCAGAGCUGUCCUACCAGCCCCCGGAGGAGGAGGGGGAACAGGGGGAGGUGGACGGGGGGGGGGAGGGGGAGGUGGCAGAACAGGAGGAAAAGAUGGAGGCGGAAGGAGAGGCCGUCACCACGGAGGGGGAGGAGGGGGAGGAUGAUGCGGGGGAUGUUGGGGCAGCAAGGGGCAGGGGGGCCAGGCGGGCGGCUAAACGCCAAUCCAAGAGACUGAGCCAAGCGCCAGCUGAGGGCGGAGACUCUGAGGUCACGGAGGUCAACGAGGAGGAGGAGGAGAAGGAGGAGGAGGAGAAGGCUUUCCCCACGUGA